AUGGCUUUUGCCGGUUAUGACAUGGAAACGGCAGAGAUUCUUCUGAAAGAUUUGUUGGGUGUGUCCUAUCGUCUACAGCCGACGUGGAAGAUAUGUGGAAGAAGUAAUGAAAUUAUACAGAGUGGGAAUGACGAUGAUGAUGUGGUGGAGGAGUUUACCGAGUCUGAGUGCAGUGCUAGCUACGUGAGCAGUGCCAGCAUAUACACAUGCAGUGAGGACGGGGACGGUGUGCCCAUUGAGGACGGCGUUCCGAAGGAGAUUGUCAAGGCAGGAGGGACGGAGUGUGACCGUAACGCAUCGUGUGUGCAUGACUUGGGCAGUACUGUGCCACCCGUACACGGCACCCUGCUUAUGUUGAGAGAAAUUUACACCGGUGACAAGGCGAAUUUGCCAAUUGUUUCCCCAUGUACUGAAAUCGCUGUUGGGGAUUUGGAGAGCCUUCACACUGUGAUUGUUCUAGGUUACAGUGAGAACGGAGAUGUGCUCUUGCUACCUAUGCCGAGGGUGGUUUCAGAAGGGGGUGUCUGCAUGUACCGUUGCCUGCCGGCACUACAGCUUUCCUUGAUGAAGCUUUACGAGUACUACGACUGCCUUAGAAAGGCAGAUGGCGACGCAAACAGAGACACCCCUUCCUUCAAACUACCGCUUAGAGAAGAUGCUAUGACUUGCCCUCACUUGGAGCAGACCCCGCUACGCCAGGUUUAUAAUGUCUCUACAGACAGAGUCUACUAUUUGUCUGCGUGGAAAGCUUAUGUGCAGUUUGUAGGUGCGGCAUGGGGAGUGCCGUGGUUGAGGGUGUUUUCCGUGGAAGUUGCGACCGGUAACACUGGCCCAGCCUGCGGGGAGGAGGCUAACGCGUUUUCGUGUAUUAAGCCCCUCUGCUCUUGCCAUGGCGAGCGCCAGCUGUGUGAGCUGUAUGGGCUCUGCGAGUGGGUGCAAACGACACAGACGCCAGACGCUGUCACUGCCCCUGUUUUACCUAUUGCAGACGCGGUGGGAGAGGAGAAUUGGAAAAGUUUCUGGCAGCAUAUUCAAUGGGUUAGCGAAGCCUCUCUCCAGUUUACUUCCGGCGGUGACUCACUUGCUUCACCACCACUACCUUUCACCCCCCGCAAGUGGCAACGUGUUUCGGAGGUUAACCCAACGGAUGGUGGCGCAGUUUCACGUGAGCCUUCACUCCUGCCUCAUGGCAGCAAACAAAAUUGCACUGCGGCCUCUGACGUUGCCACAAAUUACGACGUCACUGCAGGUACUCUCGAACCGUUCGGCGUAUUACAUGGUGACCACCUCGUGGGGAUGAGCGGGACGUCUUUCGAGGGACGGGUGGCGACGGUACUUGGUGUUCAUAUGGGCCGCCUUCUCCUGCGGCUGGAUGGAGAUCAAGAGGAGACCGUGCUGAGCGGCGUUGAAGGAAAAGACAAGCUUAUGUCUCUGUUCGCUAAGAUAUCUGCCCCAAAGCUUGAUGAUCAAGUAAAGAGGGAGAUUCACUCACCAGAUACCGAUAAAUCAACUUCCUUACCACCAGUGCAGUGCGACGGUAAAUUUGAGGGUAUUUCUAACUUUGAUCGCAGCUUUGCUGGUUCCGAUGCAGGUGAUGGCGACAAGCAUCCGUUUGUAUUGUUGGAGGAGGAAGCGGCGCAAGCGGCAUCGGAGGGGCGAUGGGGAGGCAAUGAAUCAACCAUGUCAGACGGGGAGAUUGCUCCGCAGUCAUUAUUUUUGACUUCUUUUUUGAAGGCUGUGGCGUACUGGAAAAUGCAGCUGUUCUCUGAGGAGGAUCAGCGGCAACAACCCCUUGCGUUUGUUGAAUACUACGGGACGGAUUCGCAACGACGCAUGCUGGAGGCUGUUGACCUCCUGCAAAGACACAAGAGUUUUUUUGCUAGCAAUACUACUGAUUGCAGUGCCGAUGCACACGUGUGCCUAAGCGCCUCUCAGCAUGCGGGAGAAGGACGGCCUAUGCGAGUGCACCGCAUCGUUCAGCUGUUGGUUGAAAACGAAACUGGUGAAUGUCGGUGA